GAAAAUUGUAUUCAAUACAUUGGGCUUAACGUAACGUAAUUGGCCCAAUGAUACCCUUUUCUAUAAAAAAAAUCUACGAACCGCCAAAGCCAGAAGCCCAGCCCAUACACAACCAGCACAAAUAAAUAGACCAAUAACAAUACUUCCCGCUAAUUUUGCACUCUCCUUACUUCUUCUUCUUCGCUUCAUCGUCAGCGAAAAACCAGGGGCCAAUUCUCCUCUUUGCAAAAAUGUUCAAAGCCAUUGCGCUUUUGGGGUUCAAGAAAUCGGCGAAGCCAUUCAAAGAUUACUACGAUGGAUGGUUCAAAGCUCUCAAGAAUACCUUCCUUCCUCAGCUCCGUCAUGCCAUGUCAUCAUCAUCAACUUCCAGUCCAAUUCUCUUAGCUUCCCAUGUCGAAGUAAUCCAUCGUCACUUGUUGAAAUUCUACGAAGCACUCGAUCUCGCCGCAUCCAACGACGUCUCGCAAUUACUUUACCCUGAUUGGAAAAACCCCUUUGAAAAACCCUUCCUCUGGCUCGGCGAUUUACACCCAUAUCUCUUCAUAAAUCUCCUCCGUUCAUUCAUUACCCAAUCCGAAAUCGACCAGGAAAUCCUCGACCCGAGUCAUCAAAAUUGGGAUAUGGUAAUGGCUUGGAAGAGUCCAUCAAAGAGAUUAACCAAUCGGGUCGAUCAAAUCGAAUGCGGGUUAAGGUUAAUGGUACCUGCACUAUCGGCGCGUGCACGUGACGCGCAGGCGGCGUUUGUGGAAAAACUAGCAAUUGAAUGGGGGAAAUGUGAAGGGCUUAAGGAGGAGAUGAAAGGGGUUAUCGCCGAAUCUGCGGCGGCGGAGAUGGAAGAACUCGUCGGAGUUUUCGUCGAUGCUAAUCGGCUCCGGCGAAGUGUAAUUUCCGAUAUACUAAGUGUAACAGAUGUUAAUCAAGCGGCGGUUUUUCUUGAAGCAUUAGCUCAAUUUCUUGUUGGGUUUCGGAAUAGGGAAUUGCUUAGUAAAUUUGACAAGUGUUCGUUGGAAUUGUAAGUUGCAGAUGCAGAAGGACUGAAGAAGACAGUGGAGGGAAAAGUCAGUGCACAAAUUGAAGGAAAAAAAAGUUCUUGGGUUAGUUUUGAUUUUGUGCAUUGAUGUAAGUUAAGUCAAUGAUCUUGCAAUUAUGUUGACUAAUUAGAAAUUAGUUCUUGAAAGUAUGUGGAAGGAUAAGAUUGUGUAGUAUUAGUUAGCUAGUUCAAUUCUGUGGAGAAUUGUUUUUGUUUUUUGAAUUUGUUCAGUUUGUGAUUUUAGAUGUUACAUUGUUGAGUUGUGAACAGUUGUAAGGAAAAAGAUGACAUUUUGGAGGUACUAGCAUGAUAGUAUUGUGGUUUUAAUUUGUUUGUGUUACUCUUGUAGUUUAUUUAAAAAAUAGUGUUUUUUUU